GACGCGACGCGUCGCAACGCAGUGCAAAGUGGGAAAAGGGGAUGAGCUGGUCUGGCUUCCGUCGGGCUAGCGAAGGCUAAUUCUUCGAGUUAGUGGAAGAUGGGCCUUUCGAGAGGAGGCCGGCGUUAGUCAAGCGCUCCCGGCGCCACGAAAAGAACUUUUAAUGAAGUAUGCCAUCCAUUGUGAAAGUGGGAAAGUAAAGAUUAUUCAUCAUGCCUGCUGUGGCUUCAGUUCCUAAAGAACUCUACCUCAGUUCUUCCCUGAAAGACCUUAAUAAGAAGACAGAAGUUAAACCAGAGAAAAUAAGCACGAGGAAUUAUGUACAGAGUGCCCUGAAGAUCUUCAAGACAGCAGAAGAAUGCAGAUUAGAUCGUGAUGAGGAGAGGGCAUAUGUACUAUAUAUGAAAUACGUGACCGUUUAUAAUCUUAUCAAAAAAAGGCCUGAUUUCAAGCAACAGCAGGACUACUUUCAUUCAAUACUUGGACUUGCAAACAUCAAAAAAGCUAUUGAAGAAGCUGAAAGACUCUCUGAAAGCCUUAAACUCAGAUAUGAAGAAGCCGAAGUUCGGAAGAAACUUGAAGAAAAGGACAGACAGGAGGAAGAGCAGCUGCAGAAACAGAAAAGGCAGGAAGCAGGAAGAGAGGAUAGUGGCACAUCACCUAAAAGUUCCUUGGAAAAUGUAAUGGAUUCUAGAGACAAAACCCAAAAGAUAAAUGGUGAAAAGAGUGAAAAAAAUGAGACCACAGAGAAAGGAACAAUCACAGCAAAGGAGCUAUACACAAUGAUGAUGGAUGAAAAUAUAAGCUUGAUUAUAAUGGAUGCUCGAAGAAUGCAGGAUUAUCAGGAUUCCCAUAUUUCAAAUUCUCUCAGUGUUCCUGAAGAAGCCAUCAGUCCAGGAGUCACUGCUAGUUGGAUUGAAGCAAAACUCCCAGAUGAUUCUAAAGAGACAUGGAAGAAGAGGGGGAAUGUGGAAUAUGUGGUACUUCUUGACUGGUUUAGUUCUACAAAAGAUUUACAACUUGGAACAACUCUGCGGAGUCUGAAAGAUGCACUUUUCAAGUGGGAAAGUAAAACUGUCCUGCGCAAUGAGCCUUUGGUUUUAGAAGGAGGCUAUGAAAACUGGCUCCUUUGUUAUCCUCAGUAUACUACAAAUGCUAAAGUUACUCCACCGCCACGAGGCAAGAAUGAAGAGGUGUCUAUCUCAUUGGAUUUUACUUAUCCUUCACUGGAAGAAUCAGUUCCUUCUAAACCUACUGCCCAGAUGCCACCUCCUUCUGUAGAAGUAAAUGAAAGUAUAGAAUUGAUAAAUGAUCAAGAUGAGAGAAUGGUACCACAGAACAUAUCAGCUCCAGUUGAGCCAAUUGCUGCUUCUAAUUCUGAUGUUUUACCCAUAAUUCAGCCAGUGCCUAUUACAAAGAACGUUCCACAGAUUGAUCGUACUAAAAAACCAGUCAAAUUGCCUGACGAUCAUAGAAUAAAAUCUGAAAAUAAAGAUCAUGAGCAGCAGUCUCUUCAGGAUGGAAAAGUUGUUCCUGAUCGUUCCACAAAGCCAGUAUUUCCUCCUCCAACUGCCAUGUUAACAGAUGAAGAAAAAGCUCGUAUUCAUGCAGAAACUGCUCUUCUAAUGGAGAAAAACAGACAAGAGAAAGAACUGCGAGAAAGGCAGCAAGAAGAACAGAAAGAGAAACUGAGGAGAGAGGAACAAGAACAAAAAGCCAGAAAGAAACAAGAAGCUGAAGAAAAUGAAAUCACAGAGAAGCAACAGAAAGCAAAAGAAGAAAUGGAGAAGAGAGAAAGUGAACAGGCCAAGAAAGAAGAUAAAGAAACUUCAGCAAAGAGGGGCAGAGAAAUAACAGGAGUAAAAAGACAAAGUAAAAGUGAACAUGAAACUACCGAUGCCAAGAAAUCUGCAGAAGAUAGAGGCAAGAGGUGUCCCACCCCAGAACUGCAGAAAAAGGCAGUGGGAGAUGUGCCCCAGGCCUCGGUGGCAGGAGAUUCAAAUUCAGGCAAGCCUGUCAAGAUUAAAGGACAACCAGAAAGUGGAAUUCUAAAGACUGGAACUUUUAGAGAGAAUACAGAAGACACUGAGAGAAAUAAGGCUCGAGAGCCUUUGACAAGAGCACGAAGUGAAGAAAUGGGGAGGAUUGUACCAGGACUGCCUUCAGGCUGGGCCAAGUUUCUCGACCCAAUCACUGGAACUUUCCGUUACUAUCAUUCACCCACCAACACUGUUCAUAUGUAUCCACCGGAAAUGGCUCCUUCAUCUGCACCUCCUUCCACCCCUCCAACUCAUAAAGCCAAGCCACAGAUUCCUGCUGAGCGGGAUAGGGAACCAUCCAAACUGAAGCGCUCCUACUCCUCCCCAGAUAUAACCCAGGCUAUUCAAGAGGAAGAGAAGAGGAAGCCAACAGUAACUCCAACAGUUAAUCGGGAAAACAAGCCAACAUGCUACCCUAAAGCAGAGAUCACAAGGCUUUCUGCUUCUCAGAUUCGGAACCUCAAUCCUGUUUUUGGAGGAUCUGGACCAGCUCUCACUGGACUUCGUAAUUUAGGAAAUACUUGUUAUAUGAACUCAAUACUGCAGUGCCUAUGUAAUGCUCCACAUUUGGCUGAUUAUUUCAACCGAAACUGUUACCAGGAUGAUAUUAACAGAUCAAAUUUGUUGGGACAUAAAGGUGAAGUGGCUGAAGAAUUCGGCAUAAUUAUGAAAGCCCUGUGGACCGGACAGUACAGGUACAUCAGUCCAAAAGACUUCAAAAUCACCAUUGGGAAGAUCAAUGACCAGUUUGCAGGAUAUAGCCAACAAGAUUCACAAGAACUGCUUCUGUUCCUAAUGGAUGGUCUCCAUGAAGAUCUGAAUAAAGCUGAUAAUCGGAAGAGACAUAAAGAAGAAAAUAAUGAUCACCUUGAUGACUUUAAAGCUGCAGAACAUGCUUGGCAGAAACACAAGCAGCUCAAUGAAUCUAUUAUUGUAGCACUUUUUCAGGGUCAGUUCAAAUCCACAGUACAGUGCCUCACCUGUCACAAAAAGUCUAGGACAUUUGAGGCCUUCAUGUAUUUGUCUCUACCCUUAGCUUCUACAAGUAAAUGUACAUUACAGGAUUGCCUUAGAUUAUUUUCCAAAGAAGAGAAGCUCACAGAUAACAAUCGGUUUUACUGCAGUCAUUGCAGAACUCGACGGGAUUCUUUAAAAAAGAUAGAAAUCUGGAAGUUGCCACCAGUGCUUUUAGUGCAUCUGAAACGUUUUUCCUAUGAUGGCAGGUGGAAACAAAAAUUACAGACUUCUGUGGACUUCCCAUUAGAAAAUCUUGACUUGUCACAAUAUGUUAUUGGUCCAAAGAACAAUUUGAAGAAAUAUAAUUUGUUUUCUGUUUCAAAUCACUACGGUGGGCUGGAUGGAGGCCACUACACUGCCUACUGUAAAAAUGCAGCAAGACAGCGGUGGUUUAAAUUCGAUGAUCAUGAAGUUUCUGAUAUCUCUGUUUCUUCUGUGAAGUCUUCGGCAGCUUAUAUCCUCUUUUAUACUUCACUGGGACCACGAGCAACUGACGUAGCCACAUAAGGAGAAGUAGGUUAUAAGCUAGUUAUCUUUUAAGAGGCUGAGCAACACAACUCUUGACAUACUUGCAAAGAUACUGGAUACCUAUAGCUGGCCCUUUAGAGGAAUUCUAGGACAGUGGGAGCUGUUACUAUCACCAUAUAUUUUAGGUCAGUGCUAUUAUCGAAAAACUGACCAGUAAUAUUUAACAAGUAUCGCAGUAAGCACUCCUUACAGGUACCAUUUAUUUCAAAACCUUUAUAGUUUGCUCCAAAGUUAAAGUAAUUAACUAGCUAAGCAUAAUUAUUCUAUAGCAUUCUAUUCUAAAAAACCAUUAUAUCCUUUAUUUUCCUUUUCACUGUUAUGGCCUUUUCACAUUUCUAAAUUCCCAGCUUGAUCUAUGAAUACUCUAGAAUGAUGUAAAGCAGAUAGGAAUGUAUGUGUAUAUAUUUAUUGCACACUUGCACAUCAAAUCAGUGUACAUAGUAUAAUAUGUGGUCCUUUUGUGAAGCCUAGAACUCAGAGGAUUGUUCGUUUUUCUUUUGGCCUGUUCUGAGUAACUGCAGUGCUUUCUUAGGGAAAUGACAGGGCAAAGCUAUUUUUUUGUUGGCUUUGGGCUGUAUUUGUGCACUAAAUCUUUAUUCUAAAAAAAUAAAUGGAAACUUUAAUUUUUUAAAAUGAGAAUUUUCAUUUUCACCUACAUUAAAAUCUUAAUCAGAAAAAUAAUUUAAAUCCCUAUAAGUGUUCUGUCUUUAAUUUUAUAUUAGCAAACCAUUUUAUAUACAUACCCACACUUUAUCCUACUAUAUUGAUUUAAUAUUUAGUUCACUUACCCUGUUGCAUUAGGACCCGAUUUUACUCUGCCUUCAACUUGAUCCAAAAAUGCAUAGAGCACUUAGGAUUCUCCGAGUUGGGAGUCAGAAUUUAAACAAAGGGAUAGGAGUCAAACAUGACUGCAAAGUGAACUGCAUUAAGAACCACAUCUUCUUUACAAAAUGAUUGAUGUAUUCAAAGAGAUAAGUAAAUAAAAAUUCUCCAUAUAAAAAUAAGAUUGUAAAAAGUGCUUCUGAAAGAUGUCACCAUUGGUGGACUGUCAGGGAGAGGAUGAAAGGAUGGGUUCUUUCAUGUUCUGCAGUUGGUCUAAGAGACUUAUUAGAGUUCUUGGCUAAAUUGAUCAAUUAAGUAUUUUCAAAUCAUAUUCUUAAGGUCACAGAGCCACUUGAACAAAACUUACUUUUGUUUAGCUCCAUGAAAUAUCUCUGGAAAAUAAUUUGUUGGAUAUAUAUAAUUGAUAUUCUAUGAUAAAAAAUUCACCUUAAUAAACAUUGAAUUUUGAAGCCUGAAA